ACUAUAAACACUAUUCAAAAACACUUACAAUGCAUCCACCAUGCUCCUUUCACCAGCCCACAAGUGCCUUGGGUCACAUCUCCCACCAUCCUGUGCCAUCGCUGCCGCUGAUCCGGGGAGAACGCAGUCUGUCGUUGGCAACUUUUGGGAUCUUUCGAUUGGAUCAUAACAACUUGGUUCUUUGUAGAUUAAUUCAGUCUGCUACCUAUUCCUAGACAUACGAUACCAACGGAAUUCUAAAAAAUGACGUACUGAUUUGAUAGUACAUACUCUCCUCAAAAUUACUUUAUUUAUUUAAAUAAUCUUGGCGUGAGCAUUAAUCAUGAUUCUUUGUCUUGAACCAUGACCACGGCUACAACUUUUACUCGAAACGACAUCGAGAUCGCGACGAGGGCAGCAGACGCAUUCACCCGUUUGUACUACACCACAUAUGACUCUCCUACAAGGGUGGAUGACCUCCCCAAGUUCUAUCGCUCCUCGUCGACCCUCACCUGGAACGGAAAUCCAUGUCAGGGUGCAGAAGGCGUGAAAAAACUUAUCCAAGAUAUGCCAAGCACCAAGCAUGAAGUUCAGUCCUACGAUUGCCAUCCUAUACCAGGCUCUCAACCCCCCUCACUUCUUGUCACGGUCUCUGGUAAUGUCACCCAUGGACGCGGUCCUGCUGGCAAUCCAGUAUCGACACCAGUCAAAUCAGUCGAUGGGCAGCCUAGAGUCUUCUUCCAAUCAUUCAUGUUAGUGCCCGAUCCAACAGCACCGGUGGUCAAAGCGGGAGAGGUUGCAAAGUACUAUGUAGAUGCUGAUUCUAUGCGAUUUGUGGGCUAAUGCUCGUCGACACAAAUAUACCAUUUUUAAGACUUUCAUUAUCUGUCGGUUAUCACCAAGUCAUCACGAGUUCUGGUGGCCUAGCAAGCAAUCGCAGUAUCAGAACUAUGCCGCCACCAUCAGACAUCUUUCAAGCGAUCUAGUAUGGACAUCAAGCGAGCAGCAAACCGCAGCAGGCUGGUCAAUGGCGGCAUUAUAUUUUACAGUUACAGAUAAAUGAUAUAAUAGUCCAACAAUCAUGCGAGGUUUUAACCAAAUGUUUGACUCUAUUGCCAGGAUUAGUACACAAAUCGAAGCAGCAUUUGUAUGUCUACAUACCGAGCGUGCACUUCGUUUAACCUUCGAUAGUCGCCAUUCGUCAGGUUUCUCGUACUAGUAAAUGCGUGAGCUUUAGAAUACAUGUCUCGAAUAGAUGCGAU